GAGCCCCGCCGCGUGACUGCGUUUUAGUCAUCUGUAGGGUUGAGCCCUAAAUUAAACAUCUGUGAUCCACAUCACGUGCAGAUCACAAUUACCCCUGACUCUGCUCAUCGCCUCAAUCUGCGCGCGACCGGCGAAAGCGAAACCAACCCCGUCGACCGCAUCCAUGGCGCAACCGACAUUCCGAUACCCCCGCGUCGCGAUCGAGUUCUGCACCGCCUGUAAGUGGAAUCUGAGGGCAGCAUGGUUCGCGCAGGAACUACUCUCGACCUUCGGCAACGACGUGGGCGAGGUCGCCAUGCUUCCCGCCUCGGGCGGAACAUUCAAAGUCAGACUCGUGCCGGCUGCGGGCCAAGAGGAGGUGCUGCUGUGGGAUAGGAAGGAGAAAGGGGGGUUUCCUGACUCGAAAGAUUUGAAAAGACUUGUUAGAGACGUGCUGUUCCCGUCCAAAGAUCUUGGGCAUGUAGACCGCCAUGCACAAAAGCCGGUCCCUGAACCCGCUACGUCGCCAUCAACGUCCUCGACGUCAGCUGCUGCAGAUUCUCAGUCAUCGUCAGACGACCCAAUAUUAGAUGAUAACGGCAACGUUUGUGUUGAGUGUAACGCGCCGGGUGCUUGAAACUACAAAUAUAUGCAAAGACUCCAGCUCUGAUUCACAUGAGGGUAUCGACCUCAGUCCUGCUAUGCAAUUGAUGACCAGUCUAGAUGUGGUCACUGCAUUAUCUACACCACAUCCACUCAGCUAGAUCUCAACCUAGCAAAAGACAGACAGACUACAAAAUUGUUGAUAAAUAGUUUUUAACAAUUGACAAUACUACUAAAAGACAUAGGCAAUAAACAGACUACUACUGCUACU